GCGAGAGCAAAUCAAAUAAGAGCAUAGCGUAGCGACGAUAUUCGAAAUGGGAGAGAGACUUACGCGACGUUGAAUCCUUUGAACAAGAGGAACAUACCGGGUGACAUAUUCUUUCUGCAAGGAAUAAAUUUAAAAACGUGCGACGACUUGGACGACUAGUGCGGCUGUCAAUGGGAAUUACGUUGAGCGGUUCGCGGGUGAAUUUGAAAUUUAAAGAAACGCCCGUGUCCCGUUGUAUUAUUGUUAUUCAGUUUAUUUAUUUUCGUGUGAAGCACAACGAGCGUUGAUACCAAAGUAAAAUGCCGCAGCCUGCGUCUACGAGGGAGAGCAGCAGCGAGAUAAUCCGGAUGGAGCCGCUGGGCAAAACUUCCAGUUCACGAAGUCCUGGAUUGAACGGCAAUGCCAAUACGGAAAUAGCUGGAAAUUCAGGGGACAGUAACACGGGUCUACACAAGCGUAGCAUCUAUGAACACAACGGUGUUGCCGUGUGUUCACAAAAAAGGGCACUAUGCAUUGCCACCAUUGUUUUCGCCGUUCUUUUCGCCAUAUCACUCAUCAUUGCCUUUGCGGGACCACAGAAUGACUGCCCAUGUGCUGGAGAGAAACCAGCUAAUCUCGAAGCCGAGGAAGAUAAGGAGAGCAGUAAGCCUCUAGCUACUAAUGGUGAGGUUUUCCCAUGGAAUAAUGUUAGACUGCCCACGUUUGCCCAUCCUACUAGGUACAACAUUACGAUCCAUCCAAAUUUAACGACUUUGGAAAUCAAAGGACAAGUCACGAUUGAGUUUUAUGUCGACAAAGAGACCAAUUUUAUCGUCUUCCAUAGUAAAAACUUGACAAUAAGUGAAAAGAUGGUUCAAGAUCGCAAGGGGCAUAGAUUGAAAGUUGCUAAGUUACUGGAAUACCCGAAGCAUCAGCAACUUUACUUAGAAUUAGAGGAAAGCAAAUUUCGAAAACGUGGAAAUUAUACGGUUCACCUGAGAUUCGUUUCGAAAUUGUCCAGCGAACUGGAGGGCUUUUAUUUGAGUAGCUACAUAACAGCCGACGGAGAAAAAAGAUACUUAGCCACGACGCAUUUUGAACCCACAUACGCUCGUUCCGCGUUUCCAUGCUUCGAUGAACCGCAAUUUAAAGCGAAGUUCAAAAUGUCCAUUUUCAGAGACAGAUUUCACAUAGCAUUGUGUAACAUGCCUGUAGUCAAUACAGAGGAUGCUGGUUUCUAUAUGGGAACUGGACUCCUCCGUGAUGACUUCCAAGAAUCCGUCGAGAUGUCGACGUACCUGGUGGCCUUCGUCGUCUGCGAUUACGAGAGAGUAUCCGAAAUGACACGGCGGAACGUAUCCGUAAGCGUUUACGCAGCGAAAUCGAUGCUUCCGCAAGCGCAAUACGCCGUCUCGAUAGCCGCAAGGAUUAUGGAUUACUUUGAAUUAUUUUUUGGCGUACAUUAUCCACUGCCAAAGCAAGACCUGAUAGCCAUUCCUGACUUUGCUGCUGGAGCCAUGGAAAAUUGGGGCCUAAUCACGUAUAGAGAAACAUCAAUACUGUAUGAUCCGGUAGAGACGUCGACCAUAGCACAUCAAUGGAUUGCUAUAGUGAUUGCUCACGAGUUGGCUCAUCAAUGGUUUGGAAAUUUGGUGACCAUGAAAUGGUGGAAUGAUUUAUGGCUAAACGAAGGUGCUGCAAGCUUCCUUGAACACAAGGGUGUUAAUCAUGUGUCACCCCAAUGGGGUAUGAUGGAUCAAUUUAUAUUAGAAAAAACACAACCGGCGCUUCGUUUAGACGCUUUGGUUAGUAGUCAUCCUAUAAGCGUUCCAGUAAAGGAUCCUUCUGAAAUAGAAGCCAUCUUUGAUGCGAUAAGCUAUAGUAAAGGAGCGUCGAUUCUCUAUAUGCUGGAAAGUUUCUUAUGCGAAGACGUCAUGAAGAGAGGACUUAAUGAUUAUUUAAAUUCGCAUUCUUAUCAAAAUGCGGAUACUAAUGAUCUUUGGGCGGUUUUUACCAAGCAUUCUAAUCAUACAUUUGACGUUAAGGCUAUAAUGGAUACCUGGACUCAACAAAUGGGUUUUCCACUUAUUACUAUCAGUAGAGAAGGUAAUAUCAUAACGGCCACACAAAAAAGGUUACUUUUGUCACCAGUUGAUAAUGAAACAGAACUUUUACUGCCAAAGUCGCCAUUUAAUUAUAAAUGGUACGUCCCACUCAGCUAUUAUACGGACAAAGAGCCACAAAAUGUGCACAACGUAUGGAUGAAUAUGACUGAUGUAACCUUCGAGAUUCCAACUGAUGUCGAAUUCAUCAAGGGAAACAUUAACCAGACUGGUUUUUAUCGUGUCGCAUAUCCCGAAGAAAUGUGGACUUCAAUUAUAUCUACGUUAAUUAAUAAUCAUACGAAAUUCAGUCCAGCCGACCGUGCCAAUCUUAUUGACGAUGCUUUUACACUCUGCAAAGCUGGAAUACUGAAUGCUACGAUUCCUUUAGAACUUUCCGUGUAUCUUUUAAACGAACGAGAUUUUGUGCCAUGGUCUACUGCCCUCGAACACUUCAGCUCUUGGGCAAGCAAACUGAGCGAGAGUUCAGGGUAUAAAAGAUAUCUUAAGUUCAUAAAGAGAUUAAUUGGACCAGUUAUCAGAUACGUCAACUGGAAAGAUGAUGGUCCACACUUGAGGAAAUUAUUACGAAGUAACAUAUUGCAUUGUGGAGUUUGGGUGAACUUAGAAGACGUCGUCAAAUCAGCACAUGAUUUAUUUAAUGAUUGGAUGCUAAAGGGAAAAAGUAUUUCUUCAAAUUUGAAGGAAGUCGUAUAUUCAGCAGGAAUCAAAUAUGGCGGAGAAAAAGAAUGGAACUAUUGUUGGGAAGCAUAUCAAAAGUCACAAAUUCCAAGUGAACGAAGGAUCCUCCUAAAUGCUCUCGGGCAAGCUACUGAUCCCUGGUUGCUUCAGAGAUACUUACUAGCGUCCUUAGACAGGGACAAAGUACGUCCACAAGACGUGGAAGGUGUCUUCGCAGUGGUUUCCAGAAAUCAAGAAGGGAAGCUUCUGGCCUGGAGGCAUCUCAAAGCCUACUGGUCUAAAAUGCAAGCCAUGUUUGGAAACGGAACGUUCACAUUAAGUGGAUUGAUAUCAAUAGUGACCUCAGACUUCUCCACGGAAUACGAUUACCAAGAGGUGUCGGAAUACUUUAAAAAUGUCGACGUCGGCGGUAGCCAACGAGCACUUGAACAGAGUCUAGAAACUAUCAAGCUCAAUAUUCACUGGGUAAACGAGAACGUGGAGACGAUCAACCAGUGGUUGAUAAACUACUUGAACGAACACGCAAGUUAAAUUAUAUAUCGAUCCUUGAUUUGAGGUGAACGUAUGAAGGAAAGAAAAAUGGCCGAGCCAAAGGUGUACACAGGGUCUUCGUAAAGGAAGAAUUGUAACGUAGGGUUUAGCUUCAGCACGGAUUUAAUGAGAAGGUUGUUUUACUUUUUUGCUGAACGACGUUAGCAGCGAGAACUUACGAAGAUCAUUCGACAGCCUCAGUCAAGUGCCAAUCACUUUAACGGUCUCGAUAUAGAGAAAGGAAGAAAUAAUGAGACAAUGAAGAACAGCAAAACAUAUUAUCUCGUAAGACGAGUAUUCGUGCUCCGCUGUUUCUGUCAUUGGUUGACGCUAUGUUUCUUUUUUAUUUGUUUUUCCUUCAAACCUUCUGCCACGUGGAAAGAAUUGUUAUUGGAUGGUCCAACGAACUGUGUCCGAGAACCGUGAAAUAGUGUACAUAAUUGUUUCUAUGAAUAACCAUCGUCCCUCGUACGAAGAUUGCGUGACCAAAUGCUAAAACGAGUGAAAAAAAAUGUAAGAGCUUUUAAGAAUAUCCCCGAAAACAGUAGCAGGUUACGAGUUCACGACCUCUAGACACAGCAUGUUGAAUUUAAUAUUAACCACGAUAGAUUAUGGAAUAUUGUAUAGAAAGUAAGGCAGCGUCUUCCAAACUGCGAGAUAUCGUCACAGAGGUAAAGGUACAUUCGUGUAAAACAAAGUAAAUUGUGACGGCAAAUAAGAAAAUAUCUAUUGACAGGUUCCUAUAGAUCCUGAGAUAAAAUAUAUGGAAUGUUUUCAGAAAUAAUUAUACAGCGGCUGACCGAGUAUGGAAAAGGCUGCCUUGAGUUAUGACAUACAUUUGCGUAUAAUAAUAUGAUUCUGAUUAUGUAAAAUCGUCCAAUGACCUAAUUUACACUGGACAUCUUACGCUACACUCUUUAAAGCACUAUAUUAAUAUCAAUUAGUUUUAAAACGCCAUUUAAACAGCUAUUUAAUAUGAAUAUAGUUCUUUACUACACCUGUCAACUGCUCAGUGUAAACUAGACCAAUGGAGGGCUCAUUUGGUGCGAUUCAUUACGUAGCAUAUCAAGCAAAAAUAGAGACCAGCAAAACACGACCACGAAGUGGACGUUGUUCUGCCUCGCCUUUCGCUGUUGCCCAACAUCGCCCAAUCGUGGAUACGGCACUUAUUUUUGCCAUUCGUGAGCCGAAUCCUGUCGAAAUGAUUAGGUGAUCAGUCUAAAGACGAAAAAAAAAUAAUCAAAUUAUUGUGCUGAAGAGUGGAGAUUAAAAACUGUUUAAGUGUUGUGUGCCAUGUGUUCAUGUUGCUGAAUGCCGUUACCGGCGCGGACGUCAAAGCGCCGCGUUGUGACUGGUUUUACGAUGGUUUUCCGUGUGAACUAGCAAAAUAGAUAAUUGGAUAUUUUACUAUGGGGAACUGUAAAUUUAUAGUAUCAUGACGCUUUGUACGGUGUGUAUAGCAUAUGAGUAAGGUGUUCGUAUAGAUAAUUCAAUUAUUGCGAUCGUACGCACGAAUGUCGUACUCGAAGUGUGUUUUAAAGCGCCUAAGGUGAGAGCGAAUGAAAAGAAAAGGAAAGAGACAAAAAUAAUCACUUAAAAAAUAGUUAAAUUCCUGCCUGAUAAUACGUUUCGAGAGAUUAUCCAAUUUUCAUAAUUAUUCGACGAUCCAUGACAUGACUUCCUCAUAAACUCAUCCCAAGUAUGAUUCCAUGCACGGAAAUAUUUCGCAGCUCGACGAGGAACGUUUUUGCAAAGUUAAACAAAAAAUUUGCGAUCAGGAUUGCGAAACAUGAAAUAAGGCAGUUUCGAUUAGCAAAAAAUUCCCUCCAAAAGCUUAUCCAGGAUUUCCUGUCGCCGUUAAACCCACCAACAGUUUCUAUAAGAAGGUUCUCGUAUCCUUACUAGUUUUUGAUAUUUCUUUAUCACGCAGUGAAUGCCCAAAGAACAAAAAAAAGUCUGCAGGAAUAAAGUAAAAAUGCUCGACAAUGAUUUUUAUCAGAUCACAUGAAUUUUCAGAUUUCAUAAAAAAUAUUUAAUACAUUCACGAAUUUUUCGACCUGAAUUUCGCAUACUCGUAAUUGUGCGCGACGCGUAACUCCUGGCACUGUUACACUGUAAGUAAAGCAGCUGUAAGCUAAUUCAAAGUAAAACGAAAAAAAAAGUGGAGUAGAAGGAAAAAUUUCUUAUCGUUUCAUCAUUUAGAUUUUUAUACACACCUAAUCUACGGCGAAUGAACGAAUCGACGACGCACAACUAGAUAACCUAUUACAUGUAAAUAGGAUAUUUUUUCACUAAGAAUUUUCUCUCCCAUUUUCAACUCUCCCCAUAUUUUGUGUCUCUCACUCUUUCUCUCUUUCAUUUCUAACGAAUACUUGGAAUAAGAGUGAAAUCGAUUUUUUUUAUUACGAAUAUAAAAUCGUCGGCUCGAAAAACGACGGGAAUCGACGGAGGCCUACUUUGCAUUGUUUGUAACCGAAGAUAUCUUUAUACAAACGCAAACUCUAUCUGAUUGAUUAACUGUCGGAGCAACUAAGAAAUCUCAUUUUCCUUUUCUUCGUUAUAUUUAUUAUAACGAUUGAGGAGAGGAAGGAAACGGAUGUAAGAAAUUAACAAAAAGUAAUGAUAAUUUUAAUUAAUUCUUUCGUUCGUAAUAACAUCCAAGUCUGAAGGAACGCUCCCAAAAUACAAAUUCAAAAUGAAAGAGCCAUUUUUAUUAGAGCACUUUACAUGUCCCUUUGUUCUAAAAAAGUGUCCUCUUCACAAAAUUUAAUAAAUGCAAUCAGCUCCACUAAUUUAUCUAUAAAUCUCCCACUUCGUAAUUCAUCGUAUUCACAGGUAAUAAAAGAUACCUUGUGUAUCUACUAUAAAAACAAAAUGUAAUUAUGCGACGGCAACCAUCGUGAGCAAGACAAAAAAAGUAAAGUCAUACAUAAAGACUGUACAGCAGAGUAAACCAAGGAUUCUGUAUUUUAUGCAAUCAUAAAACAAUACCUUUAAACGUCUAAUAAAAAAAAAAAAAAAGAAAGCGAAGCUGCUUGCGUUUCGUAUAUUAAUAAAAUAACAACCGAUAUAA